UCUAUACAUAUUAUACAGUCGCUUCUGACGGAUAUCGCCACCGCCGUUGGUGUACGCGGUAUGUAGGUAUCUAUAUUAUAAUAUUAGUACGGUUUUGGUUCCCGGACGAUUCGAAUGCUGCCAUUAAAAAUCCAUCAACCGUUUUUCGCUCGACCCGUAAUAGCUAUAUUAUAAUAGGUAACUAUACCAACAUUGUAGUAUAGGUGUAGACGUCGAGUGGCCUCACUUGGGCGAAAAAUUGUCUUUCUGCAUCCCGAUUAAAAAAACCAAACGACAAACAUGAGUGAACCAUCGCCCAGAGGAAACGAAGUGGACACGAGAUCCGUUAUACAGGAAAACGUCACUCGGACCGUGUACGUGAACAAACCGCACGUCGACACGGUGGUCUCGACGAUAAACACGUCCUCUGUGCACUACGACCAAAGUUCGUCGGACUCGACCACCAUUUGCACGCUCAACAACGUGUUGCCGCCAAUGGGAUACGACUACCAACACCAUCCGCCCUUGACCAGUAUCCAGAUCGGCGGCCCCGGGGUACCACAGCCAUCGGUAUAUGGCAUGUCCCGCGACGAACAUCAGUACUCGCCUUCAGUGGCGGGCAUUGGCUCCAGCUGUUACAUGCAGACCGAGGUCAAGUCCAGCUCGAGAGUGCGCUCGUACGAAUCCGAAAGAGACUAUAAAAAAUCCGCUUGUGACAGAGAACGGACCAGAAUGCGAGACAUGAACAAGGCUUUCGACCUGCUAAGAAACCGUUUGCCUAAAAGUAAACCACCUGGGAAGAAACUCUCUAAAAUCGAGUCGUUGAGGAUGGCCAUACGGUACAUAAGGCAUUUACAAGCGAUCUUGGAGUAUGGACCAGAGUACGAGACAAAACUCUACACUGUGCCGUCGUGUACCCAAUACCUACCUCCACCGACGUACUACGGUUACCAGCCACCACAGUAUGGUCAAUGUUGGAACGCUGCAGGCGAUUAUCCUCCGAACGUUAACAACCAAUAUUAGUUAUUAACUGCAAUCACGUUCCGUUAUAUUAGGCUUACAAUCGUACGUAAUAAUUUUAACAUACCUAUACAAUAAUAUUAUAGAUUUAUUAAAAUAUACGUACUAUUAUAUAUUAAUAAAUAUUAUAUAUCAUUUAUAUGAAUACUAAACACAGGUCGUACGAAGUGUAUAAUAAUAAUAUUAUAUUCACUGCGAUUUGAUUUACGUGUAGUUGAUUUUCUUCCUAUUUCUUAAUAAUUUUUUACUUUAUUAUU